AUGGAAUCACCAACACCAACACCGUCCAAUUCGUGUAAACAAUGCAGCACAACCAGCACGCCGCUCGACCCCGAUCCUGGCAAGAGCCUGGUUGAAUUCGAGGGGCCUGAUGAUCCUGCGAACCCCCUCAACUGGGGCUGGAAUAAGAAACUCCCCAUCUCCCUCUCCCUGGCCUUCUCCACCUUCACCGUGGGCUUCAACUCGUCGCUCUUCUCCAGCGCGACGAGCGCCAUCAGCGCCGAAUACGCCGUCAGCCACCUAACCUCGACCCUCGGCGUCUCGCUGUACGUACUCGGCUUCGCGACGGGGCCCAUAUUCUGGGCGCCUCUCUCCGAAUUGCACGGACGCCGCACGCCCCUCCUGCUGGGCAUCCUCGGCUUCUCGAUCUUCAGCGUAGGGGUAGGGUCCGCGCCGAACAUCCAGACGAUCAUGCUGUGCCGGUUCUGGGCGGGGAUCUUCGCAGCGUCACCGAUGACCGUCGCCGCCGCCGUCUUCUCGGACCUGUUCUCCGGCCUGGCGCGCGGCCCCGCGACGUCGAUCUUCUGCAUCAACGUGCUCAUGGGGCCGAUGCUCGCGCCGUCCAUCGGGGGAUUCAUCUGCUCCGCGCCCUCGCUGGACUGGCGCUGGACCGCCUGGCUGGGCAGUCUGAUGGGCUUCAGCGCCCUGAUCCUAUCCGUCAUCUUCCUGGGCGAAACCUACACACCCAUCCUCCUGACCUCCAAAGCCAAAUCCCUCCGCCUCACCACGAACGACUGGUCCCUCCACUCCGUCCACGAAGAACACCUCCUGCGCAUCUCCCCCAAACACCUCCUGACCAUCUACCUCGCGCGGCCCCUCCGCCUCCUCCUCACCGAGCCCCUCGUCUGUCUCAUCUCCAUCUACCUCGCCUUCAUCUACGGACUCAUGUACCUCUUCCUGACGGCCUACCCGCUCGUCUUCGAGACCGUCCACGGCUUCUCCCCCGGCAUCGCGGGACUGGCUUACUUCGGGAUCGUCGCGGGGAUCCUCAUCGGCGGAGCCUACGUGAUCUCCACGCAGCCAGGGUAUCACCGCAAACUGAAGGCAAACCACGGGGUGAUCGUGCCCGAGUGGCGCCUUCCACCGGCCAUGGCAGGGAGCGUCGCCUUCGCCGUGGGCGUGUUCUGGUUCGGGUGGAGCGGAUAUACCCCCCACACGCACUGGAUUGUGCCCGUGCUGUCGGGCCUCCCGACGGGGUUCGGGCUGUUUUGUAUCUUUCAGCAGUUGCUCAAUUACCUCAUUGAUGUGUAUUUGCCUUACGCCGCAUCCGUCAACGCCGGCAGCUCCAUCCUGCGCUCGCUCUGCGGGUUCGGAUUCCCGCUGUUCGCCCAGUCGCUGUUCGACGCCCUCGGUAUCAACUGGGCCAGUACCUUGCUCGGCGGCGUCGCGGUGCUGUGUAUCCCCCUGCCGUGGAUCUUUUGGAAGUGGGGGCCGUGGUUGCGGGGGAGGAGUGGGUAUGUUGUUUCUUCGUCUUCUUCUUCUUCUUCUUCUUCUUCUUCUUCUUCUUCUUCUUCUUCUUCUUCUUCUUCUUCUUCUUCUUCUUCUUCUUCUUCUUCUUCUUCUUCUUCUUCUUCUCCGUCUUCGGGUUAGAUCACCUGGUUUGAAGGGGGGGGUGGAUUUCAGGUGGGUUUGAGGUGGGUUUGAUGGGCUGAGAGUGUGGAUGUGUGUGCGCGUGUGUGUGUGUGCGUGGGUGUGUGUGCGUGGGUGUGUGCGUGGGUGAGAGUGAAGGUGAGAGUGAAGGUGAGAGUGAAGGUGAGAGUGAAGAUAAGAGUGAAGAUAAGGGUUAGGUUAAGAGUAUGGGUGUGGUAAAGGUGAGGGUGAAAUAGUUUUGGAAAGGAG